AUGGGCUCCGCCCGGCUCACCUUUUUGUUUUUGCGCGACCGAGCUUUUAAACGAGUCUUCGCGUCUAGGUGCUUCUCGAAGCUGGUGUUGCGAACGAGACUGGCGAGAGGGCGAACCAGAGAUAUACGGAGUUCAGAUUGCUCGAGUGGUAGCCUGAUGGAACAUCUCAGGACUUCAAAUAAUCCUGAUCAUGGUAAAAAUGGCUUAGGAAACACCUAUGGGACUACCAUUAGGAAUGUAGCAGGAUUGGAAGAAAAGAAAGCUGCAGUUCAGGCUGAGAUUAGCAGAGUUAAUCGGCUUCCAUCGAAUAGUAGCUAUGCAGUUCAUCGCAUGCGGGUCUUGAAGAAACUUCUACAUCUUUUCUCCGUCCAGAGAAGCGUCUCCCAGGAUGAAGAGUUGGAGCUCCUUUUUGCAAGUCUUUCUAUAUGAUGGAGAAAUACAGAAUUGUCUCCAGUGCGUGUAUAUGAAUAUAUAUAAUCGCAUGCUUCUGUUGGUGUUUGAAUUCCUCUCGGGUACAGUUGUGUAAGGCAUGUAUCAAUUUCUAUUGAUGUUUAUAAACUAGUUUGUCCUUCUCCUUGCUAUCG